GCAUUCCAAAGGUUGCUGCACCAGUGACGCCGCCAAAGGGUGGCGGUGCACCAGUGGUGCAGCCAAAGGCUGGGGGACGCGGCGCUCGGCCAGAUCGCAAAAGCCAGAUCCGCCGGGAGUACUCCAUGUCACUGGAGCGCCAGGGUCUCAAGCUGGCAGAGGUGAGUGCGGAGGUGGGGAAGCUGACUGUGGAGAAUGCCCACAAGCAGGAGGCCAUCGACCAGCUCACCAUGCAGAAGGAUUUGGCAGAGAAGGCCUUGCAGGAGUGGAAGGACAAGUACUCCAUGCUGGAGCUGCACUACAAGCGCCUGCAGGACUCGAUACAGCCAUUGAGUGACCAGGCGCAAGCCCAGCAGAGCUACAAGUCCCUCUAUGAGCAGGUUGUUGUGCAGAACCAGCAGCUCCAUGAGGCACUCAACCAGAGCAACUUGAAGCAUGAGCAGCAGCUCAAGCAGGUCAUGGAGGAUGUUUCUGCGAAGGAUGAGCGGCGCCGGACGGAGAUAAUCAGGGGGCACAAGCAGGAGAUCCUUGCGAAGCAGAUCGAGAUCACUGCCCUGAAGGAGGAGCUCAUGCAGAAAGAUGCUGUCAGCGAGGCUGCAGCCAAGGCAGGGCUGGCUCUGCAUUCCAGUUUGGUAGGUGCCUGCCAAGAGAGCAAGGCUGCAAGCCGCCCCAGAGGCCUGCUCAGGUGA